AUGGUUCGUGUUAUCAUUAAAGGUGGUGUUUGGCGUAACACUGAGGAUGAAAUCCUCAAAGCAGCUAUUAUGAAAUAUGGAAAAAAUCAAUGGAGUCGUAUUGCGUCAUUACUUCACAGAAAGUCAGCAAAACAGUGCAAGGCUCGAUGGUUCGAGUGGCUGGAUCCUGGAAUCAAGAAGACGGAAUGGUCUCGAGAGGAAGACGAAAAGUUGCUUCAUCUUGCUAAGUUGAUGCCGACGCAAUGGAGAACUAUUGCUCCCAUUGUUGGACGAACAGCAGCGCAAUGUCUUGAAAGGUAUGAGCACCUGUUGGACGAGGCCCAGAGAAAGGCAGAAGGAUUGGAUGAUGAAGCAACAGAGGCUAAGAGGUUGAAGCCUGGAGAAAUAGAUCCAACCCCGGAGACGAAACCUGCUCGCCCGGAUCCUAUUGAUAUGGAUGACGAUGAAUUGGAAAUGCUGUCAGAAGCUCGUGCAAGGCUCGCGAACACUCAAGGAAAGAAAGCGAAGCGAAAGAUACCAUUCGAGAAAGCUGUUCCUGCUGGUUUUCAUGAUCCAUCUGAGGACAAAGUGGACACUAGUGACAAACAUCAAAGAGCAAUAGCUGAUCACGAAAAACCACGUCGCAUGGAAGUUGAGAACGAACUUCGCAAACAAGACAGAGAAAAACUGAAGAGGAAGAAACCCGAGGAUGAACCUGAGUCAGUUUUCAAGACCAAAGAGAAGAAGAGGAGCAAAUUGAUCUUGCCGGCUCCUCAAAUUAGUGAUCGCGAAAUGGAACAGAUUAUUAAGAUUGGCCACGCCAGUGAUAGCGUUCGUUUGUAUGCUGAUGGAGGUGCGACGAGCUCACUUCUCACUGAUUACGCGGCAUCUGCUCGUGCGAAUGCUGUUGCUGCCCGUACUGCUCGUACACCCUUGGCUAGAGAUAAUGUGCAGAUG